CUGAAUUUUAAAAAGUAAAAUUGAAUUGUAACGAAACUCAAACUUAUAAUAAAAUUUAACAAAAGUCACAAAACCCUAAAAACCCUCAAAUAAGAAUCAACACCACCACCUCCGGCCACGACCGGCGCGACACUGACUAUUUUCAUGUUGAGUAGAAUGGAGGAGGCGAAGGAAUCGGAGUUGGGGAACGUCACAAGCGAGAACGAGAAGACGUUAGAAGAAGUAGUUCAGGCUCUUCCCUCCGACGCCGUCAACCACCUGGUGUCCCUCGGGAUAUGUGUGCGGUGCAUAUUUCGCGUGUUUGGAAUCGAAGGCCGCGUCUAUGCUUCUCCCUCUCUAUCGCCAUCCGUCUUUGCUUCCGCUGUUGAACAAUUACCACCAACAGAAGAUAAUAAUAAUAAUAAACAUCAACUCUGCACCCUUUGCUUAGGGAUCCUGCAGUUCACAUUUCGUGACCACGAUGGAACGAUUCUCAGAAACGACGAUCUCCCUCUUCUCAUUUCCGACAUGGUCAAACGCGACGGCUAUCACUCUGAUACGUUUUCCCUCGAAGUUUCCAUCCCACCUAUUAUCCUUCAUAACGAUAACUCUCUUCGUUCGUACAUGAAAAUUAAAUACGGAUCUCAACCUUGGUUCCAAGAGAGAUGCAUCUCUACAAAGGAUGCCUUGAAAUUUUCUCUACAACAUCCUCUUCAAAAUCUUCUGGAAUGUAAAUCAACUAUGGGUUCUUUCCGCAUUCGUCUGACAUACACUGCAUCAAAAGAUGCCGAUAAAUGUUUAGAUAAUGCUGAGAGUUGUAAAAGAAGAAAAACAGGUGAAUGCAAUUUAGAUGGACAAAAGCCUUCCAGCAUUUCACUAGAAAAUGAAUCCUCUGAUUGCUGUAAAUUCAUGCUGGAAAUGCCAAAUGAACCUUGCCAUUUUGCUUACUCAUGCUACAGAACACCUUUCUAUUUUGGUGGAAGAUACCUGAAGUAUUCACGGAAUGUGAGUCAAACACGUUGGAUCAUUGAUGAUGAAAGAAUGGGGGAAGCAUCAGUUGAGGAAAUUAUUGGUGGAAACAUCCUCCAAGCAUGCCAAGCUGAUAGUUUUAAGUUUCAUGCUGCGGGAAGAGAAGAUAUUGAUGUCCGAAUGCUGGGCCCAGGCAGACCAUUUCUUGUUGAGGUGCAAAAUGCACGGCAGGUCCCAUCUGAACUCUCUGUAAAAGAUAUAGAGAAAAAGAUAAAUACCAUGGAGAAUAAAUUGGUUAGAGUGAAAAAUCUGAAACUCGUUGGUAGUCAUGGCUGGGACCUUAUGCGUGAAGGCGAAGCAGAGAAGCAGAAGCAAUAUGCUGCUUUAGUGUGGAUUUCUCGUCCUUUGAAGGAUGAAGAUUUGCAACAUGUGUCUUCACUCAAGGAUUUGAAAGUUUUGCAAAGGACUCCAGUAAGGGUGCUACACCGUCGCAGUCCUUUAGAGCGUGAAAAGAUUAUUCAUUGGAUGAAAAUAGAGACAAUUGCUGAAAGUUCCCAAUAUUUUCUUUUGCAUCUAUGUACGCAGGCUGGGACCUACAUUAAGGAAUUCGUGCACGGGGAUCUUGGACGCACACAUCCUAGCAUUGGGUCUAUGUUGGGUUGUAGAGCUGAAAUUUUGCAACUUGAUGUGACGGACAUCAAAAUGGAAUGUUUCCUUACUUAACAGGGUAUCUGAUUACCUCCAUUUUAAAUCUUAGUUCGUGUUGAUUUAGAUUUAGAUAUAGAAUUGAUUUUGUCACAGUUGUUAGAACAUUAAUUUAUAUAUUUGAAAUGAUAUGAUAUUUUAAAAUUGAAUUUAUUUAGAAAUAUCUUUUGUAGUAUAGAUAUACUUUACAAGUGGCACUUCUAAAAUUAAUUAUAUUAAAUGGAACUACUGUGCGGUGAACAAGAAUCGACCGCUGGGUUAAUUGCAGAAUUUA